AUGGCCGCCUCCAGUGAAGUCAUGCCGGCUUCGUCCGAAUCAAUAGUUUUACGGCUUUUUGAAGUGGAUGCUGUGAAAUUUGGCGACUUCACUCUGAAAAGUGGUAUCACAUCACCCGUAUACUUUGAUCUACGGGUUAUGAUAUCAUUCCCACAGUUAAUGACUGAUGUUGCAAAUUUGCUAUGGGACAAGAUAUCAGCAUCCAAGUUUAUAUCUCUGUGUGGUGUUCCGUACACUGCACUGCCAAUUGCCACGCUGAUGUCUGCAAGUCACAACAUUCCCAUGCUGAUACGAAGAAAGGAAGCCAAGGGUUACGGGACCAAGAAAUUAAUUGAGGGGAUUUUCCGUACAGGAGAUGUGUGUCUGAUUGUGGAAGAUGUAGUUUCCAGUGGCUCAAGUGUUCUUGACACAGCAGAGGCCCUGAAGUCCGUUGGGGUGCUGGUAACAGAUGCAGUUGUGUUACUUGACCGGGAGCAAGGUGGUCGUCAAAAGCUUCAGCAAGAGGGAAUCACGCUUCACAGUGUCUUUACUAUGACUGACAUUCUAACAAUUUUGAAAGGAGCUGGGAAGUUGGACUCUCAAACGGUAGACAAAGUGGCCUGUUACAUUGAACAUAAUAGGUUCCAGCCCGAUCAGACAGUUUGCUCGUUGAAACCAAAGGUGUAUGAUUACGAAGAAAGAGCAAAACUGUGCACGAACUCAGUCACACGUCGACUGCUGGAAAUCAUGGGGGAGAAGCGGAGCAACUUGGCCUUGUCAGCAGACGUAACCACUUCACAAGAGCUGUUGCAGCUGGUUGACAAAGUCGGCCCACAUGUUUGUAUUGUGAAGACCCACAUUGAUAUCCUAGAGGAUUUCACCCAGGAAACUGUGACCAAGCUGUCCCAGCUGGCAGCAAGACACAACUUUUUAAUCUUUGAAGACAGGAAGUUUGCAGACAUCGGCAACACAGUUUUACACCAGUUUGGUGGAGGCAUGUACAACAUCAGCAGCUGGGCUCAUAUCAUAAACGCUCACGGGGUCCCGGGUCCAGGAGUGGUUCAUGGCUUAAGAGAGGUUGGGGCUUCUAAAGGUUGUGGUUGUCUGCUGAUUGCAGAGAUGAGUUCUGCUGGAAACCUGGCCACAGGGGAUUACACUACAGCUACCGUGUCGAUGGCAGAGGCAAACAAAGAUUUUGUUAUUGGAUUUAUUAGUGUCAACAAUCUAACGUCUGAUCCAACAUUCAUUCACAUGACCCCAGGUGUGCAGUUGACCGCAGGCCAGGAUUCCCUAGGCCAGCAGUAUUUGACUCCAUCUGAGGUCAUCACCAACCGGGGAUCGGACAUCAUCAUAGUGGGGCGUGGCAUUUAUGAGGCCAAGGACCCAGUAGAAGCAGCAAAGCAGUUUCAGUUGGCUGGAUAUGAUGCUUUUGUUGCAAGGCUGACAGAGUUCAUGACUUCAUGA